AAACUUGUACUAAAUACACAAUUUUAAGCUUAAUUUAACCAAAAGAGGGUAGAUAAAAAGACAUCCUUUGAAUUAUCCAGCCAUUUAUUACAGGGAUCUUGCUUUUUUGGUUGGAAAAAGGAAAUUAAAAGCGUGCACUUUUGCCAGCCACCAAAACUUGUAAAAAAAAUGAGAUAAACAGGCAUGCCCACGAGAAGUUCCUAGCACCCCCUCUCCUCUGCAUCUCUGCUAAAAAAAUCGGUUUACGUGUUCGCCACUUUUAACUAGCAGAGUGCACUGUUAUUUUUCACAAUUGUAUCAUACUGUAUAUUCUUUCGACGCCACCAAGUGGAACUCAGUGGGCUGCUUCCUUUCAAAUUAUAUCAGCUUCACUAAGGAGUACAUAUAAAGAUAUUAUUCCUUGAAUUCGAUUCUGACACAUCAACAACAACAACAAAAACAAAAACAUCUCUUCAACUUUGUCUUCUAAGCGAAAUACACAAACAACAACCAAAAGAAAGAUAAUUUUCUCGGGUGCCGGUGCAACUUCAUCUCAAGAACCAGGCAAUGAAGAAUCAGUUUAUAGAAGCGACAGCUAAACAAGAAAAAGAAGAGAAAGAUGGAGAGCUAAACCAUAUCCUUGGACCAAAAACAAAAGAAACUGAACUAAGACUUGGGUUUGUUGGUUCUGACUCCAUUCCUAUCAAGGCAACAGAAGAAAAAAUCAUCAGUACUAAACGUCUCAUUACUUCACCAUCAGAUCAACAGACCUUGCUUGUUAAUGGUGCUGGUUAUGGAACCACAAAAAGAUGGUGUUCUGAUCAUGAUCACCUAACAACUCAAGGCGGCUUCGCAAAAAACAAUCCAUGGAGUAAUAAUUCCUCUUCUGAUCCAAAGAAGGAGAAAGCUGAUUUUCAGUCCCGUCCUCUGCCUACCAGAGUUCCUCCAGUGGUUGGCUGGCCGCCGGUACGGGCAUUUCGGAGGAACUUAACUUCACCAUCAAAGCAAGAGAUGAAAACUAAAGAUGCCGCUAGCACUAAAAUUGUCUUUGCCACUGAUGAUGAAGUCAUGAGGAAGUCCACUGCUAUGGAUACAAUGUACGUUAAAGUCAAUAUGGAAGGUUAUGCAGUUGGAAGGAAGAUUAAUCUCAAAGCUCAUGAGAGUUAUGAGUCUCUCUCCCAAGCCCUUCAAAAUAUGUUCGAUAAUUUCUUAUCAUCAGUUAAUUUCUCUAAGAAUGGAGGAAAAGCACAAGAUGGAAAUCCACCCGAAGAAGUUCAAGGCAGCAAACAUGUUCUUCUCUAUGAAGAUAAUGAAGGGGAUCGAAUUCUUGUGGGUGAUGUGCCAUGGGAGAUGUUCACAAGUACGGCUAAAAGGCUAUUUAUCAUCAGUGGCUCUAAAGCUCCAGCAAUAGUGGCCGGAGGAGAAGUAUGAGGCUGAUGGAGAAGACAUCAAGCAAUAUAAACAACUAAUAUUAAGAUCUAAUAUGUACUACAUUAGCUUGUUUCGUUUUUGCCUGUAUUGUAAUAUUUCAAAACAGUUUGAGGAUUUUUCAUAUGUAAAGUAGCUUUCUUAAUUAUGACGUAUAUACGUGAAAUACACGUAUAAUUAUGUUAUCAAUGUUUUGGGUUGUAUGGGUUCAACUUAUGUAUGUAUCUCCGGAUGCCUGAGAUUGUCAGAAUGCUGUAACACUAGUUGAACCAAAAUGGUAACAACUAAUAUUUAAGGUGGAGUGGGCGUAUAGCCCAUGAUCAUCACAUUCCAAGUUGCCUAA